UCAUAGACUACCUUGAAGCAAGAAUGAUUUUAUACAAAAUGGCUGAGCUAUAAAGACGUGUUUUGAGAACUUCGAGCAUAAUGGAGCAAAUUACCAAUUUCUUUUCGCAAAAACAGUUGAUUGCCAGUUAUCCUGAUAUAACUAACAGUGUUUCUUGUGGUGAUACAAAGUGUAUUGACAAUAACGUGGGACCAAUUAACGACGACUCUGGUUACUGGAACCCCUUACGGCCUUUAAAGUGUAUAAAGUGUUGCAGACUUGUUCAAAAGCCUACUCCACAUUCUGUGAGGUGGUUUAAUUUUAACGUUAAUAAAUUAGUGUGAGUGAUAAUGGUUUAAUAUUAAGACUAAGUUGGUGUAGUGCAUAAACUGAAAAAUGAAUAAUUUUUAUAUGAGCGAUAUGCGAAAUAAACGCAACCGUUUGAACUUCGGUGGGUUUCUUCCGUUUCAUUCUAUCACCAAUUAUUCGUCAGACGCAACGAAAAUGAAAAUAGAUAUGAGUAAUACCUUUGGGGACAGCUUGUAUAUAGACAACCUUCAUCUCAUACCGGAUCCUUUGAAGAAAAAUUUGGCAGACUCUUUUGUAAGUGGACCAGUAAAAACAAAAACAAGUAUGGCGUCUACAGAAGGAAUAGCUACACCAAAUGGAAAGAAGGACGCCCCAACACAGGCGGAACAUAGAACAGACUCAUAUCCAUCCUUGAGCAUCGUAACAAACUUCCUUUCUGGUGUAAUCAGUUUCGUAUCUGGUGCUAUUUUUCAAAAGCGGCCGGAAUCUUCCGACUAUUACGAAUGCUACGAUCAAAAUUUCGAUGAGAUGGCGCCCUCUCUCCAAGCUUGGCAGCAAGCCAAGUCUGAGGAUCAAAAUAAGAAUGGAUGGGCACACAAAACUACUGUCAGUACAAACGAAUCAACCAAUAAAAACCAUUUGAGUAUGAAUUCAAAUUGUGAAGUGAAUGCUGCCCAUUGUGAGGAGAAACUUAAUCAGGUAUGUUUCCUUUUCACAAAUCAACAACCAACUCAAUGUCAAACAGGACUAAGUUCAAAGAACCCUCAGGUUUUUGUAGAGCAGAGUCCCACUGAAGAUUGUUUUGAAGAUGCCUUUACACAUGAAGAUUUUGAAAGCCUUCCUGACAAUAGCUACUUUGAAUACUACGGUCCCUUUAAUCAUCAACAACCAGAACUAUUAGUAUCUGAUGCACCGAAAAAUAAGACUGAAUUUCUUACAGAAUGUAUGGAAAUAACUAAAACUCUUCCUGAUAUACAAAAUGAAAUUGAAACAUGUAACGAAAUUGAAUUAAAUAAUACUGGCAAGAAAAAUUCAAACAUUGUCUUAUCAUGCGAAGAUAAAAUGAAUAAAUUAAAAAUGUUACUGCAAGAUAGGAGAAAAGAUAAAACUAAUAAUGCUAGUAUCAAAUCACCUGAUAUAAAAGAAACCAAUAAUUGUAAAGAGCAACAAAGUGAACCUAUUUUAAUACCGUAUAAUACAAAAUAUGAAAUAACAACAGGAAAUACUAUAAAAAAUGCCACUAAAAGUUCAUCUUCUCGCACUUUGUGCUCAGAAGAUGUUAUAAAAGAUAUAAACGAGGAUUUAGGUGCUUUAUCAGAUAGCCAAAGUUCAACUACUUCGGAAUAUCUGAAUCCUUGUAAUUAUUUUGACGAAGUCACUGGUAGGUUCUACUCAACCUCUGCUGAAAGCGAUGAUUCCUUUCAAAUUGUGUUUACCGAUAGUCCCAAUUUGGGCAGAGGGCGAAUUCCAUCCGAGUGUGAAUCUGAAGACUCCUUCAUCGUUUUUGAUGAAACACCUGACAGUUGUUACUCAUCUAAUGAUGUCUUUGGUGAUGAACUCAACGUUACUGGGUAUGACUUUAUUGAUACUUCAGAGUCAGAGACAUCAGAUGAUUCAGACUCCGAAAGUGAUUCUGGAUGUGAUUACAAACCAAAUUGCAAGCUUUCUCAUACAUUGUCACGGACCAUCGGUGAUUUGACAGAUGAUUCUUUGUAUAUUGAUGCAGACGAAGUUGACUGUGCAGCGAUAUUUGUACAAGAAACUCCAGUUCAAAAUGGACAUGACUCUAUAGAAUUAGAUUACAACACUUGUGAUGGAAAUAAAACGAGAGGUUUGCUGGUUGAUGAAAGAAGAAAGUUGGAGAAGAAAAAGCAACCACGUAAAACUGUACGAUUCUCGCCGAACCCGCCCAAGGUGCAUGUGAUGAGAGUUUGGGCGUUCGCAGCGCGUCAGGCGAGGGCCGGCCACUGGGAGCGGCAUGCUCUCGAUCGAGAGAGGUUCAAACGAAGAAUAGCCGAUGUUGAAAUGGCGGUAUCCUGGGUUCUAAAGCCCCAACACAGAGCACGCGUGAUGUUCCAGCGUUUCAUGCCUUGGUGGAACGCCCAGAAAAGGAAAGAACUUGCCGAGAAAAAGAAAGAACAAGACGAUGCAGCGGUUAAAGAAACGUCGAUGGAUAAAAACGUAGAAAUAAAUUCCGAUAUUAUUGCAGAAAAAACAACAAAUGAAACAGAUCAAGAAAAGAAAGAGUUAGUUACAAUUACAGCAAAUGGUUGUAAUAUUUUGGAUGCAAGCGAGAAAAAUAAUGAAAGUAUGUCGCACAAAUAUCUAACUAAGGAUGAAAUUGCGAUAGACGUUGCCAAAUUAAACGGUCUAAAGCUUGAUAUACACGGCAAAGACAUCGACGUAUCUACUUGACACCGUGGUAUAGUUCGGCGACCAUUUUAAAUAAAACUUUCGUCAUCAUUGCGGGCAGUGAGGACUAAACUAUGCGUAAAAUGUAGAAAAAAAUAAAUUCCUUAUUGAUCUACAAA